UUUUUUUUUUUUACAAUAGUAACAUGAAGAUGAUAAUACCAAUUUCUUCAGAGGCUUGUAGUACAAUGAGUCAAAAAAUAUUUUUAUGUUUAUAUGCAUAUGUUAUAAGCGCCUGUAUAUCAUAAUAAACAUUUAUAUCAAAUACUCUGGGACAUAAAUUUAUCAUUGAAAAUAUUAAAGAUACUUAUAUGUUGUAUAAUACAAAUAUACUUACGUGGAUUUAUUAUUUAACAGAUAUUAUAUAAUCAAAAGUAAAAGAAAACUUCCUGGAGGCCAUUCCUUUCUUCUGGCUUAUAUAUAUUAUUCAUGAAAAUAUUCAAAUUUAUGUAUUUCAUGUAUGUAUAUAAAUACAUUACAUAUAUGCAUUUAUACACACACACACACACACACACACACACACGUGAAUAUAGUUGGAAGGAAACCAAAUGUAACCAAAGAGUUAUCUAAAUGGUGAGUUUCUAAGUAAUUUUUCUUUUUCUUUUUAUACUUUUCCGUACUUUCUCUAAGGGGUAAGUGUGACUUUUACUAUUUUAAGAUCAGAAAAAUACAAUGAUAAAAGUUCUUUUAAAAAUAUUACUGUAACAAAGUUUCUAGCUCCUGAUCUUAUGUGGUAAACCUAGGUCCCAUAAAGCAAGGACCAUCCCCCAGUCCCUGUAUCUACCGAUCUCAGUGUCUAGAGGUGGCUCCUUGGCCAGUAGUGUAAAAUUCUGUUGCAGCUGAUUCUUUUCCAGGCACUAUGACUAGAGAGAUGUAUGACCUAAACAAAGACUGAAUAUUAUGCCAUAGUGUGUCCUGUAAAACCUUGGCCAGAAAAGAAGCCUCUCCAGCAUUUUUCCAAUGAACUUUCCAUUUUGAUGUGAUGCAAAAAUCAUUUAGAAAGCAUUGUCUAAUUAUUGCAAAGAUAAGAAAAUGAACGCGAUGAGGCAGCUACAGAGGACAGGAGCCAAGGGCCAAUCAUAUUAUAAUCAACCUCAGGUCAUCCUGGCCUGAGGAACAUCAAAAUAAUUGUAUGAUUAUUAUUAUUUAUAUACUGUCAGAAAAUGCUAUUAAAUAUGUAACAGACGCCUUAAGAAGGCUUCAGUAGUUAGUACUUCUAGGAAAUUAUUGUAAGAAAAUAAUCAGAGUUGUAUAUGGAGACAGACAUUUUAAGAUCUUAUUCUAUAUGUAAGCAGAGACUGUUAUAUAAAUUAUGGCCCAAUCAUAUGAUUAGGUACUUGACAAAUUUUAAAAUCCGUGCAGUAGAAGAAAAAAUGAAGAUAUCAAGAUGUACUUACAAUAUUACCAUUGGAAAUAUCCACUUAUACCUCAGAAAUAUGGUAUGAUAAAAUACAAGGGAAAAUAUAAAUAUGUAAAAUAUUUGGUAGGAAAGAUAGUAAAAUAUUAGAUAAAAUAUUGAUUAUUUCAAUAUUAAAAUAUUAUUAUUAUCUUUGGAUGGUGAAUUAUAGACACUUUUUAUUGUCUUUUUUAUCUUUUCUGUAUUUUCUAAAAUGAAUACAAUGAGCAUUGUUAUAAAAAAAUUUGUAGAGGGAAGAAAAGAGAUUCUGCUUUCAUUUGAUUCUUUGGUUCAUUUGACUGUGUAAAAUGAGAUUUUAACAGUGGUUAGAACUGAUAAAAUUUUUAAGGACAUUGGAGCUAAUGGUGCUAAACAGUUUAGAUCCUUUCCAACUUAUGAAUGAAAAUGGGCCUUUAAGAGGUGAUUUUAAUUUAAAUAUAAGUUCUUGUAGAAUAAGUAAUACAUGCACCUAGGAAAAUCCAAACUGUAAGCCUUAUUUUCUGCCUACCCCCUGGCCUCGUCGUCCACUCCACCCCUGGGCUUCUAGUUCGUCUCCUCUGAGGCAAACCGCUGAAGCAGCUUCUUGUGUAUUCUAUUCAAAGAUCUGUGAGUACACAAAUCCAUGCACCACUUGAUAAUACAUUGUAUAGAUCUUCCCAUUCUUUAAAAAUAUCUGAGUAGAGUUUCAUUGAACUUCUGAUAUUGAUAAAUAGUUGUUUCUGCCCUUUUGUUCUUUCAAGCAGUACAGACAUGAAUAGCUUUGUACAUGUUUUUAAGUACAUGGCGUUUAAGCUAAUGUAGGAAAAACUCCUAGAAGUUAAAUUGUGAAGUCAUUUUAUAUUUUUACCGAUAUGACCAAAUUACCUACCUACCUGUUUUUAUUUGUACAAUCUCACAACACUGUGUAUUGCAAGUUUUGUACCUCACCAAUUUGGCAGUUGAAAAAUGGUUUUUUGUAAUUUCAACUUGCUUUUUUUUUUUUUCUUGGUGAAUGAGGUUGAAUACGUUUUCAAAUGUUUGAAAGCCAUUGGUUUAAAAAAAUAAAGCCACUGGAACUUACUUUUCUCUGAACUCUGUGCUUAUGAUGCUUAGGAACUGUGUGCUUACCUGUUUAUGCAUUGGAUUGGAUCUCUUUAUCUCUUUUAUCUCUUUUUCAAAAAAAAAUGGACUUACGGGAGUCUUAUUUUAAGAAAAUAGGUCCUUUUUCUACUUUUUCCCCAAGUGCAAGAUUUAUUAAUUUUUAAAUUUUGCUUGGCUUAUUUUUGCAGAAUAUUUUGGUUGUUAUUUAAGGACAUUUAUCAACCUUUAUUUGUUGGUUUCCAGGUUUUCUUUUGCACUUACAAAGGUUCUUCACCACAGCAUGAUUAUUUUAAAAAAUUGUCCUGUAUUUCUUUCCUGAGUAUUUUAAUUUUUGGGUUUGAAUCUCUGGUCCAUCUGCAGCUUAUUUUAAUGUAAGGAGUUCAGUUAUGGUCCAUUUGUUUGUUCUAGAAGUCUGCCCAAUUAACACCAUGUGUUGAAAAAGCCACCUAAACGUGGAUAGCCCCUUCUGUAGUAUGUUUGGCUUGGCCAUUUUUCAUUGUUAACUUCUAAUUAACACAUUAAUUUCUAAUUUCAUUGCUAACUUCUAAAAGAGAAUAUGGACUGCACUAUUUCUGCUCUUUGGAAAUCUCACAUUAAGAUUUUCUUUGUGGACAAUCUUCGUGACUAUUUGAUACGCGUUUGAAAGGAGGUGCAUUUGCUACUGGGAGGAAAUACUGUUACAGUUUGUCAUUUGUACCACCUGGAUAUUCCAGUCUUCUACUUAGUCUAUUAGACUUUUUAUUUUCUAAGAAAGGUGUGUGUGGAAGUUUCCUUCUCCUUUGGGGGCAAAUAAGGUCUCUGAGUUCUCUUAAAGUUCUUUUUUAACGUUCAAGUUCUUCUAAUACGUUCUUUUCUUUCAAGAACACACAUGUGAUAGUGCCGUUCCUCUCCCUGGUCUCCUUUCCUGGUUAAUCUGCCCUUGGCAUCCCAGACAGCCUCGUUUCCUGCUCCUCCUUCACUUACUCUCUUACAGUACCUUAAACCCAAGAACACACCCAAGUGUUUUUACAGUAGUUUCAUUUUCACAGACACUAUCUGCAUACAUUCUUCAUAACGUAUUACAGGAAAAGGGCAAUUCUCCUUCCUCACGUCUUCACCCCCAAGUCCUAGUUUUCUCCUUCAUUUCCCAGAAGAAACUAUUGAAUUUGGUAUGUCUCUUCCCGGAACCUCCUUACCUUUUUCUUUUCCGCUUUUGUAUGUGUAUCUGUAACCACUGAAAGUGUAAUAGUAUUGUUUUGAGUAUUUUUUAAAAAGUGGAUGUAUGAUUUUUAAACAUUUUUUUAAUGUUUAUUUAUUUAUUUUGAGAGAGAGGGAGAGAGAGAGAGAGAGAGAGAGCUAGCACAAGCACCAGAGAGAGGCAGAGAGAAAGAGGGAGAUAGAGAAUCCCAAAACGGCUCCAUACUCUGAACUGUGAGAUCAUGACCUGAGCCGAAAUCCAGAGUUGUCUGCUUAACCGACUGAGCCGCCCAGGUGCCCUGAUGUAUGAUUUUUUUUUUUAAUAUUGCAAUUUCUUUUUCUAUUUUUUUUGUACUGUCAUAAUAACACAUCUUGGAUAGCUAUUGUUUUUAUUUCAGAAGAUGGAGUACAUUUUCUUAACUGCUGCAUAAUAUUCUGUAGUAUGACCAUACCUUGUUUUAUUUAGCCAUUUCUUUAUUGAUGGACAUUUGGGGUGUUUCCAGUUGUUCAGGGUUACACAUUGUGUGGUGGUGACACUCCAUGCACAUAUCCUGUUUAGCACACGUGUGUUUCUGUGGAGUGUGGUUUAAGGAAUGAGCUUGCUAGUUUGUUCCCUUAUAUGUCCAGUGAAGUUUGCUGCAUUAAAAAAAAUUUUUUUUAAUGUUUUAUUUUUUGAGAGAGAGAGACACACACACAGAAAGUGAGCAGGGAGGGGCAGAGAGAGGGAGACACAGAAUCCAAAGCAGGCUCCAGGCUCCAAGCUGUCAGCACAGAGCUUAACACAAGGCUCGAACCCAUGAACCCUGAGAUCAUGACCCGAGCUGAAGUUGGACACCCAACCGACCAAGCCACUCAGGUGCCUCUGCUGCAUUUCGAACAUAUGCUGUUAGAUGGCUACAAUUAACAUUCUCCUGACACUUGACCAACAUGGAUUUCAGUAAAUGUCUGUAUAAUAUUGGGGAACAGCUGGGCAGUGACGAGCUGGCCUCCCUCAAAUUCCUGAGCCUGGACUACAUCCCACAAAAGAAGCAAGAACCCAUCAAAGAUGCCUUGAUGUUAUUCCAGAGACUCCAGGAAAAGAGAAUGUUGGAGGAAAGCAACCUGUCCUUCUUGAAGGAGCUGCUUUUCCGAAUUAAUAGACUGGAUCUGCUGUUCAACUACCUGAACACCAGCAAGGAAGUGAUGGAGCAGGAGCUUCAGAUACCAGGCAGAGCCCAGAUCCCUCCCUACAGGGUCAUGCUUUUUCAGAUUUCAGAAGAUGUAAACAAAUUGGAAUUGAGGUCGUUUAAGUUUCUUUUGAGCCAGGAGAUCUCCAGAUGUAAAGUGGAUGAUGAUAUGAACUUGCUUGAUAUUUUCAUAGAGAUGGAAAAGAGGGUCAUCCUAGGGGAAAGAAAUUUGGACACUCUGAAAAGAAUCUGUGACCAAAUCAACAAGAGCCUGCUGAAGAAAAUCACUGAUUAUGAAGAAUUAAGCAGAGAGGGAAGAAUGAGCCUUCAAAGAAGUCCAGAUGAAUUGUCAAAUGGGGAGGAAUCCCUGGCAAUGAUGGCAUUAUCGGACUCUCUAGAAGAACAGGACAGUGAGUCACAGACAUCGGACAAAGUUUACCGAAUGAAAAGCAAACCUCGCGGAUAUUGUUUGAUCUUUAACAAUUAUGAUUUUAGCAGAGCACGGAAGGAUGUGCCCAAACUUCAGAACAUUAAGGAUAGGAAUGGAACAAACUUCGAUGCAGAAGCUUUGAGUAAGACCUUUAGUGAGCUUCAUUUUGAGAUUGUGAAUUUCAAAGACUCUACAGCAAAGACAAUCUGUGAAGUUCUGAAAUCCUACCAAAGAAUGGACCAUAAUAACAAAGAUUGCUUCAUCUGCUGUAUCCUCUCCCAUGGAGACAAAGGCAUUAUUUAUGGCUCUGAUGGGCAGGAAGCCCCCAUCUAUGAGCUGACUUCUUACUUCACUGGUUCAAAGUGCCCUUCCCUUGCAGGCAAGCCCAAAAUCUUUUUUAUUCAGGCUUGUCAAGGGGAUAACUACCAGAGAGGUAUAGCUGUUGAGACUGACUCCGAACAGAAGGAAGACUACUUAGAAAUGGACUCAUCAUUUCAGAAGAGAUAUAUCCCAGAUGAAGCUGAUUUUCUGCUGGGAAUGGCCACUGUGAACAACUGUGUUUCCUACCGAAACCCUACAGAGGGGACCUGGUAUAUCCAGUCACUUUGCCAGAGCCUAAGAGAAAGAUGUCCUAGGGGCGAAGAUAUCCUCACCAUCCUUACUGAGGUGAACUUUGAAGUGAGCAAUAAGGAUGACAAGAAAAACAUGGGGAAACAAAUGCCACAACCUACUUUCACACUGAGGAAAAAACUCUUCUUCCCUCUUAAUUGAUGCUGUUUAGUUGCAUAACACUAUGCUUAAUUUAUUUGUUAGUAAAAUGCUGCUAUCAGCUUAUUUUUUUUUUUUUCUUUUGGAUGGCAGGAAGGGGAGAGAAUGGAAGUGAGGACAACUUAAUUCCUAUGCAAAUUCAAGCCUAAAUCUCUGGCUUUGCAAUAAUAGCUACUGGAGAUUGAUAGCCACAGGCAUGGUUUUAAUUUUAUUUUUGAUUCAAUGAAAAAGUUCCUAAAAAACUUACAGUAGAUAAAAAAUACAAUAAGUAUAAAUGAAAUGUAACAUCAUAAAGUUCAAAAGCAGUGGCAGAAUGUUCUUUGUACAUCUCUCAUCUGCUUUCAACAUAGAAUCAUUUUUCUAAAUGUUUGUGAGAGACACAGAGCAUGAGUGUGGGGGUAGGGGUGAGCAGAGAGAGAGACACGCACACAGAAUCUGAAGCAGGCUCCAGGCUCUGAGCUGUCAGCCCAGAGCCCCACACAGGGCUUGAACUCAUGAACUGUGAGGUGAUGACCUGGGCCAAAGUUGGGCGCUUAGCCGGCAGAGCCACCCAGGCGCCUCUCAACCUAGAGUCAUUUGAUUCCCUUCAAAUUGUUAAGCAUUAAAUAAAUAAAAAAUAAAAUAAAAUAAAAAGGAUGUUAUUCCAAAGCUUUAAUUGGGACACAGAGUUAAUGGUGGUGCAAAGAUUUCAUAAGGCAUAAGAAGACUGGAAGUGGAGAAAGCAAUUUCCCACUUGAGGACUCAGAAUUAAGUGAAUGUUGUUCAAGUAUUGGGAGAGGAUGUCAAGAAAACCAUAAUUCUCCUCCUUUCCGUGAAAGAACUAAUUCCUCAUUCUUGGUUCCUAUGAGAAUUUGUCAGGCUUACAUUCCUGCUAACUGGAUGUGAUUCUAUGGGGCAGAAUGUGAGGUACAACUGUAAAAGGUGUUGUUAAAAAGGAGACAGUAGGCCCCAAAUGGAGUCCCUUGUGCUAAACUCCAUGUCAGCAAAUUAAGACUUAAUACCUAACCAAAAUGCAAUUCCCCAGGAAUAUAAUCUUUAGUCAAUCAACAUGGAAUCACCUGGUUAGCACUGGUGAAAUAAUCCUCCUGAUUAACUCUUUCCAUUCCCCUUAGAAGAGUGACCUAAUUCAAUUUGAUCUUUAAAUUUACUCAGUUGAAUUUCUGUUGUUUGACAGUAUGCAGGGGGAUGCCAGUGACCUCCUCUCAAAGGUCACUGAGGGAGAUUUUGUGAUCUGACCUAGCUAAGAAAACAAACAAACAAACAAAAACCUACCUCAUGUGUAAUGCUCCCACAUCCAACCUGAGCUCUUCUGGCCUGUGUGCUGGGCAAUCUUAGAAACAUGUGAGCCUCCUCUCCUGAGUUAUGAGGAAACCCUGAUUUCAGACACCAUGACUCUGUCUAGAUUUAGAUCAUACAAAACUGAGGAAUGAUUUUCCUUGUUGUUAUUAUUUAUAAGUACAAUUAACCUCACUUUUGAAGGAACUGAUGUUAAUGGCAUGAGUUUUAUUUUUUGUACUUCCAGUCUCUCCCUUUCCAAGCCAUCCUCUACACUAAUUUAUAAGUUUUUAAAAAAAUUUUUUUUAAUGUUUAUUCAUUUUUUGAUAGAAACAGGGCAUGAAUGGGGGAGGGGAAGAGAGAGAGGGAGACAUAGAAUCCCUAGCAGGCUUCAGGCUCUGAACUGACAGCACAGAACCUGAUGCAGGGCUCGAACUCACGGACCUUGAGAGCUGAAGGACCUGAGCUGAAGUCGGACGCUUAACCGACUGAGCCACCCUGGUGCCCCUGUAAGUUUUUUUAAAUAUAAAUUUGAAGAUGUAAUUUCUUAUGUUAAAAGCUUUUUUACCAAUCGAUUUGCUUUUGUUCUAACAAUAUUGUGUCCCUUUCAUGUAUUUGCAUUUGCUCUUUCUUUAUGUGUUAAUUCUAAAUCUUUAUAAACUUAAAAAAAACUGUUUCUUUAAAGAAUGUUUUUUGAAUAGUAUUUCUUUUCAAUAAUGUUUUUAACAUUAUAAAAUAGAAUUUUAACUUACUAUUGGUUGGAGAUUGUUUUGUUCAUUUUGUGUUUGUUUUUUGUCAUUGACCUCUCACAGGUGGAAAAUGUUUGGAUCAUAGAUAUGUUUUACUUUAGUUCCCCAGUGUUGGCUCAUAUAGUUGGAAAUUUUAAAAAUUUAUUCUCCAUCUUUUCAUGUG